UUGGACAUUAGGUUAUGUUUAUAAUAUGACCUUGAAAACAGUAAAAAUAACCAAUAAUAAUUUUAAAAGGCAUAAGUAAUAGUCUUAUUCUAACAAUAUUUAAGUAGUAAAACAAUCCUCUAACAAUUUUUAUCAUUAACUUAAUUGGUAUCGGGCCUAUGUGACAAAGAAGAUGAACUGAAGUAGAAUCGUACACAGCUGUGAAACUAAGUUAUCUAGAAGUUCACAAUAACCUGGUCGUAUAAUUAUGUUAGUUUAGGUUCCUCUGAUAACCACAGAAACGGCUUUUAUUUAAAUGAGUUACCCGUUCAUAGAGAUCAACAGCUGUAAGGGUAGAUUUUUUCAUAUUUGUUAACAAACAUGAUAUAGACUUUUUUCAUGGACAAGAUUUUUAGACGGGAAGGUAAACUAAGUAAAUAUGAUCGAGAAGAAUAAGAAUGCGGAUGAGUGUAAUAAUAAUAAUAUUUCUAUGCAUUCAGAGAAGCUUAACAAUUGAACCGGUGAAUAAGAGAGGAAGGAUCAACAAUGGGGAUGAUGAGGCAAAAGAAGAAAACGGUUCUAAAGACCAAUCUGUCGAACGAUACGAUACUGUGGAAACCGAAUACGAGGAUGAAGAUCUAGCUGAUAGCCCAGACAUAGACCUGAAAAAAUCUUCCAUUAAUGAAGCAGCUGAAGGUGAAAAGAUUGAUAUUGUCGACAAAAAAACAAGUAAUUAUUCAUUACCAAGUCUUCAAAAAUUGCAAAAGAUUAUGAGAAUGGCUCGGGCUGCAUUACCCAGGGACAAUUCUUCGAAAAUCGAAGAAGUUGAAUCCGAUUUAGAAGAAGACGAUGAAUUUGAAGACACAGACAACAAUGCGAGCACAGAAGAACAGGAAGAGGCAGAGAUAUACGAACAUGACAAUUUUCAACCCACAGACAAAGAAAAAAUCAUUGAAAACAGUGAAAGAUCCAAGAGGCAAACUAUUAACGCGAAAAAAGGGACAGUAAGUUCUUCUCCAGAUCUGAUUGAAAUAGGUGAUGAUGAAUCCCUUAACGAAAAUUACGGGGAAGAUUAUGGUAGUUUUUUUCCUACUAGAAAAGAAAGAAUGACAGUGAGAACAAGGCAACGGAGAAUCACAUCUAAGGGCGUAGCUCAUCGUGAAAUUCUACCGGUAUCAACAAGACAUUCGGGAGUUUCGAGAGUUAAGGAUAAUGUCCGAGUAGCAUCCGAUAACAUGAAAUCAAAACAAAUGAUUAAGAAAAAAAGUAUCUUACAUUUAAAGAAAGGAAAACUCCCUAAAACUAAAGAAAAAACUAAAAGUGGAAUAAAUAAUGGUGAAAGUAGUGAUUUCGAUGAACUAAAAAAGGCCUACAAUUCACUAGUGUGUUCAGUCGAAAACUUUAUGGGAUUAGCUAAUAAAACGAUGAUGAAUAAAGCAGAUGAGAACGGCGUGGGCAUUGUUAAAAAUGGGUCAUCUAUGAGUACUACUCCUAAGAAUGAUUCCUCGCAAACUACCAUCGAUUAUUGCACAACUUCGACAAAUAAAUUUGAAUGUGUUGUUACCACAUGCGAUGAUUCAGAUUUCGAACCAGGUGAACGUAUAAGAAAAGCAGAAGAGGAUGAAGACAUCAAUUCAAAUAUGAAAAAGAAAUAUAAAGGUCUCAAGAUGGAAUAUCCAUCAGCUGACGACUCAAUCGAAAAGGCUGGAGCCUACGUUUAUAAUGACUACGAUAGCGUUGAUCCUAGUGAGUAUGAUAUGAAUGUAUCUGUGAAACUCUCAUCGUCUCCUUCAUCUGUGAUAAGUCGCUCAAAGCAAUCCACCGAUAGUCUAAAAGAUGAAAAGACCAAAAAGAUGGUGUCAGCAAUGCCAAGUGGUAGUACGACGUCAAAGGAUGUGUCAUCGACAUCAAGAAGUAUUUCCCCUUCAAACGAAGCAACUAAAGAACCUAAAAUGAUGUGGACAACAUUUCACUACGAAACAAAGAUUAAACUGAAGCCGAGCAAAAGGCAACCUAGAAGAAUGUCUACGGAAUAUCAGAAAAUCUUGUCUCGCCGAAAAUACCAUUACACCCGUCGCAGAGGUCAGCAAGAUGUUCGGAAGGAACCUAUAACCCGAUUUCGCGCUACUAAUUAUCCGAUAAUGAGGAAUAUACCACCAAGUCAUGACGGAGACACUGAAAUAAUAGAAGUGGAAUACGUAUGAUUUUAUUAAUUGGCGACGGAAUGAUAACACACGAAACAAUGAAGAUGACCUUCCGCUAAGUUCAAACGCAAUGGUUCAUUUCUAAAAGCUCUUUUAUACUUAUAUAGAAUAAAUAAGCUUUUAAAACGAAUCCAUUCCACUGUAGGAGGAAAAUUAUGAUUCCAGCUCUUGAGCUCUGUUUCUUCAAACAUAAAUAUGUACCGUACCAUCGCAGUAAUUGGUACCAUGGCCAUUAACAGCAAUAUAUCCUAUUGGUUGCUGGUGACGUUUCGAUUUACAUUCCUCAAUGUGAUUUGAAUUUAGAUGAAGCAAUAAUACAAAAUGAAUAAAAAAAAGUUGACAAAUGCUAACAUUCUUUGUUGAUUAAAAUUUGUAAAUCAUUUGUACACAAUUAAGA